UCUCUCGUCGGUUGACCAGUCACGAUUUAGACUAUACCUCCGUACUUACCUCCAGAUUCCCUUUAGUCAUAUUCCCCCGUUCCCUUCCUUUUCCCUCCCUAAGUUCACUCUUUUCCUCCGCUUUCCGUCUACCUCGGUACUCUUUCUGACAACACCGCCCCUAAUCUUUCUCGAGCAAUUUCCACCGGACUUCAACCGCCGCUCGAAGCCACGUAAACAUGUGCCUCUUCUCCCGGGUGGCUUCGUCCUUGGUAGUGUUACUAGUCUGCCGCGGGGUUAUCGCUGACGCUGCUGGCGUGCUGGAGAUCGACGUAGUGUUUCCGCGGAACGAGACAUAUGCGCCUAAUCCAUGGUUCCCUGUUGUUUUCGCUUUCCGUAACGCCUAUCUCGCGGAGUAUCUCCGACCCCGCAUCGUCUGGUCGAUACGGAACGCGUCCGACGCGCUAGGGACCGUGCUCGGAGGCCGCGUCCAUGAAUUGUCCUGGGUCAACUGGACUAUCCAUGAGCCCUAUUUUGUAUAUGGCUUCGCAGACUUGGAGGCCGCCGAGGGCCAGUGGGAGCUGUUUUGGUGGGGAGACUGGCUGAGCUGCGACUUGAGCGGCUCCGAGCCCGCUUUCAAGGUCAACAAGACCGAGCCGUCGCAGCGAUCCCUCGAGUUCACCAUCGAGGCUGGAGGGCAGGCGGUGGAUCUCGUCGCAGCCACGGCAAACGAUGACGCAACAUGCGCACAACCGGGCGUAGCCCUCAACGUGACCGACGAGACCAGAUGGGUUGUCGACCAGCCGCUUGACCCUAACAAUUACGGCGACGCGACUUGCGCUGUCCUGGCCUCCUCGACCCCGACCCCGACCGCGAAUCCUUGCCAGGCCGAGAUCAACUCUGACGCUGCCUCGAGCAUAUGGGCGUCCCUGACUGCCCGCCGUUGUGAAUACAGGGACGCCAAUGGCACCCUGGCAGGUCUUGACUGCCCGAAGGACAAUGCCACCGAGCGGCUGGCCGUCGCGGGCGUGGUAUAUUUGACAGCGGCAUUCGGUGCACUCGGGUACCUUCUAAUGCGAACAUCGAUCCAGCUUCUUGGUUCGCAGUCAUAUAUUUAUAUACCCAACCUGUAGUUACCUUAUCUACCUUAAGCUAAUUAUACCAAAUUAUACUCG